AUGUGGGAUCAAUUGGAGCCAACUGCUCCCCAUAUAACAUAUUUUGUCCUUCCACUUUUUCUCAUCACUUAUGCCCUCUUCUCCAAUUUUAUCCGCAACCAUCUUCAUCUCUCAGAGCCUCCUCUUGCCAUGCUCUUUGGUAUCAUCCUUGGACCAUAUGUUCUCAAAGUACUUACCCCAGAAGAAUGGGGCUUUGACGAUGAAAUCAUGCAGGAGAUUACUCGUGUGAUCGUAGGCAUUCAAUGCUUUGCUGUAGGAUUAGAACUUCCCAAGCAUUAUUUCAAAAGACAUUGGAAAUCGGUUCUCUACCUCCUAGGCCCAGUCAUGUCAUUUUCGUGGGCCAUCACUUCAUUAUUCGCCUACUUCAUUUUUCAGACCACUGUACCCACAGCUCUGAUAAUAGGAGCUUGCCUCUCACCAACUGAUCCUAUUCUCGCUGCAUCCGUCCUUUCCAAAUCUCAAUUCAGCGAAAGAGUUCCUCCACGGAUUCGUCAUCUUCUUUCGGCCGAGUCAGCAUGCAAUGAUGGAGUCUCUUUUCCAUUUCUGUAUAUCGGUCUUGUGAUCUUCACUAGCCAUGGUGGUCCUGGAGAGGCUAUCAAGGAAUGGGUAACCAUCACACUACUCUGGCAAUGCCUACUCGGCAUCGUAGCAGGUCUUAUACUUGGAAACAUAGCCAAUCGACUUCUCCGAUUCUCAGACGCUCGUGAAUACAUAUCUAGACCUUGUUUUGUGAUAUUCUACCUUCUCCUGGCCAUGCUUUCUAUCGGUAUCGGAUCUAUCCUGGGUUCAGAUGAUUUCUUAGUCGCUUUUGGUGCUGGAGUCGGUUUCGCCCACGAUGGAUGGUUCCCCAAGAAGACUAAGACUGUGGCCUUUCCGGUAAUCGUAGAUCAUCUACUGAAUUCCACUAUGUUCGCAUACUUUGGCUCCAUUAUUCCGUGGAAUCAAUUCCAACCAACAAAUAUUACACCCCAUAUCAAACCUUGGACUCUCAUCCUUUUCCUCAUUCUUGUUCUUCUCUUUCGCAGAAUUCCAAUCCUUCUCUUGACCAAAUCUCUCAUUCCAGAUAUCUGCACUUAUCGUGAAGCGCUCUUUGCAGGUCAUUUUGGUCCUAUGGGCGUAGGCGCUUUAUUCCUUGCUAUAGAAGCGAGGGCACAACUCGAAACUGGUACAUCACUACCUCUUCCUAAGCCAAUAUCUCCCGACGAGCCAGGCCCUGUCAGCGACGAAACAAGGGCAAUUUGGAUUAUAUGGCCGAUCAUAUGUUUCGUGGUGUUUGGAAGUACAAUAGUACAUGGAUUGAGUGUGAUGGGGAUUAGUUUGGGAGGUCACUUUUUGAGAAAAGAGGGAGAAAGAGCACCGUUAUUGGGGGAGACGCGGGGGUUAAGUGGGAUGGUUCAUGAAGGCGGGGGAGGUGAGAGUGAACCGGAAGUUAGUGGAAGUGAAGGUGAAUAG